UUUCUUGUGCUCCAUGAUACUAAGCAUAAUUAUUAGUUUGUGGGUUAUUUCAACUUGCAGAUUAUGGAUGAUAAAAUCCAUUUAUGUCCACACCAGAGAGGGCCACGUCCCUAAACCCCGACAAGAACCCCGGUCAAUCAGAUAAAAUCCAAAGAAAUACGCGGUUAAUUUAAUUAAAAAAAGGAUUAUUAUCACUCAAUAUUAUGGAUGGAAGAAGCAAAUGAACGUUAUUAUUUACUCGAAAAAGAAUUUAGAGAAAUUAACAAAUCAGAUAUUUUAAAUAUUUUGUCAAUUUCUUUAUAUAAACAAGGAAAUUUAAAGAGAGCUUUAAUUAUUAAUGAUAAAUUAAUUGAAUUAGAUCCUUUAUAUCCAAAUGCAACAAAUAAUUCAAAAUUAUAUGAACAAGAAUUAUUGGCUAAUGGAGUUGUUGAAGAAGAUUUUCGUUUAAAUAUACCUCCAUUAAAUAAUUAUAGAUCAUUAAACGAUUCAUACCAUCAUUUUGUUGAUCGUUUGGCUUAUGAAGAACUCUGUCGUGAAGAAAAUGAAAUUAAUCUAACACAAAUAUCCAAACUUUAUUGUUAUUACAAAAUGGAUCGCCCAUUCCUUCGUUUAGCCCCAAUUAAAGUUGAAAUUAUUCGAUUCGAACCCUUAGCUGUUAUAUUUCGUAAUGUUGUAUUUGAUGAAGAAAUUGAAAUAAUGCAGAAUAUAUCAUUACCAAAAUUAUUUAUAUCUCCGUUUGGAAGAAACAAUAGUUCCAAAUUUAGAAUUAGCAAAGGUGUUGGGAUUAAUGCAAGAGACCAUUCAAUUGUGUUACAAAUAGCCAAACGUUUGAAAUUAAUGACUAAUUUAAAUAUGAUGUCAGCUGAAGGUUUACAAGUGGCAAAUUAUGGAAUUGGUGGAUAUGUUGAACCCCAUUUUGAUUUUCCUACUAAGGUUGGCGGUAACAGUGAUGCGUAAUUUCAGAAUUGCCUUGGUACCAUCCUUAAUUUUGCGGCGCUGUAAGCUAAAAAAAUCACUUUUUAACAGUGCAAACGAAAGUUUUAAGAAUUUUGG